AUGAAAUUGAAUUAUACGAAAAGUUUAUCGUUCUCCACAAAAUUGGCGUUCAGGGAAUGCGUCCUGAUGGAUGACGAAGAUGUUGGGGUGAUGAUGGAUUACGUUGAAAAAUUUUCAAUCGACAAAGUAUUUGUGAAAGUUACCUUAAAAGAUGGACUUUUCCCUAUUGCAUUUGCUAUAGUUAACGAAGAAAGCGAUGAUAACUGGGACUGGUUUUUAGCAUUGUUAAAACAGGCAAUAAACGACGAUCGUGUGUUCACGUUUAUUUCCGACAGACAACAUGGCAUUCUGGUCGGGGUUAAAAAAGUGUUUCCAGACUCUUUCCACUCAUUUUGCCUCAGGCACAUGACAGGUAAUUUGAACAACAAGUUUAAAUGGGUCCCAACUGGUUACAUGGAGGCAAUCGUUGGCCAAUUUAUAUCAUGUGCAUUUGAAUUAUCAAAGACAUCAAUCGACAAGAAGAUUGAGAAGCUUAAAGCUAGUGGGUCAACUAGAAUUGUCAAUUUUUUGAAUGACUUGCCUUAUCACAAUUGGGCGAACGCAUAUUUCAAAGGGCAACGAUAUGGAGUGAUGACCUCAAGGAGAGAUAAAUCAUCCAAGUGGUCGACCAUAUGUUGCCCCAAGUACGAGAAAUCUUUGGUAGAGCUUGAACUCGAAUGUAGGACAUGGAAAGCUGAGAAGGCUGCAGAUGGUAUUUACGAAGUUCUUAGUGACCCGUCCAUGGUCAUAGAUUUGUCACAAAAAACUUGCACAUGUCGAAAGUGGCAGAUACUUGGGUUCUCGUGUGUUCAUGCGGUCUAUGUAUUAGUCAAUGAGACGUCACAACCGUACGAUUACAUUGACAAAUUACAUUACGCAGAAUAUUACAGGGAAUGUUAUGCCUCACCCAUUUAUCCGUUUGUGAGGCACAGUUCAAGGGAUGAUGAAGUUUGCGUUUGCCCUCCUGAAUUUAAAACACGUCGUGGUAGACCAAAGAAGAAGAGGAUACCGUCUGUUGGCGAGAAGAUAAAAAGGAAAAUAAGAUGCGGGAGAUGUAAAGAACUCGGUAAUCACAACAAGAAGUCUUGUACAAAUCCGAUGUAUUCUUAG